UCCAGUAGUGAGGAGUCAGCCAUUCACCGUAGCCCUUCUGUAGAUAGCCGCGACUCCGAUUUUGCACAAGCCUCCACGUCUGGCCGCCCGUUCGGUGGCCGCGGCUUCACUGCCGGUGCAUUCUACGGCUCCACGGGGCCGCGCAAAAACGCACAGCAGGCGCAGGCUGGAGCGGCAGCUGACAGCGGCGCAGGAGACAAGAGCAACAACAAGUACAGCUCACCCAAAGGCAGCAAAUACGUAGUCUUUUACCUGGAUCUAUCCUUUGUGUUCCUUUUAGAAUUCAAGAAGUGCAACAUGGCAAGAGGCUGCCUCUGCUGUUUGAAGUAUUUGAUGUUCACCUUCAAUCUCAUCUUCUGGUUAUGCGGCUGUGGGCUGCUCGGCGUGGGCAUCUGGCUCUCUGUGUCUCAGGGCAGCUUCGCCACCUUCUCGCCCUCAUUCCCCUCAUUGUCAGCUGCCAACAUGGUCAUUGCCAUCGGCGCCAUCGUCAUGGUAACGGGCUUCCUCGGUUGCCUGGGUGCCAUCAAGGAGAACAAGUGCCUGCUUCUAAGCUUCUUCAUUGUCCUGCUGAUCAUUCUGCUGGCAGAGCUGAUACUGCUCAUCCUCUUCUUUGUCUACUCAGAUAAGGUGAGUGAGAACGCCAAGCAGGAUCUGAAGGACGGCCUGGCUCUCUACAACUCAGAGACCAACAUCGGCCUGCGAAACGCCUGGAACAUCAUCCAGGCAGAGUGGAAGUGCUGCGGUGUGAUAGCAUACACCGACUGGCACGAGGCUCUGAAGGAGACGGUGGUUCCUGACCGCUGCUGCCAGGAGCACUACCAGAACUGUGGGAGGAACUCCACCAACAUGUUCUGGAACAGGGGCUGCUUUGAGAAAGUGGAAGAAUGGCUGGAUGACAACAAGCACCUGCUGGGAACCAUCGGCAUGGUCAUCUUGGUAGUGCAGGUUUUCUCUUUGUUAAUCAUUGCAAUUGGAGUGUAUGCAAAGGUCCAGAAAGCCACAGACACGGUGCGGGACACAUUCCUCAUCGACCCGGCUGUCAUCCUAAUUGUGGUGGGGGUGGUCAUGUUCUUCAUCACUUUCUGCGGCUGCAUCGGGGCCCUCCGAGAGAACAUUCGCCUCCUCAAGACAUUCUCCUUCAGCCUGACUCUGGUCUUCCUCACCCAGCUGGCCAUCGCUGUCCUGGGAUUCUUCUACUCAGAUCAGACUCGAGACGCUUUGGGAAAGUUUGUGAAGAAAGCCAUCACACACUACAGGGAUGACCUGGAUCUGCAGAACCUGAUGGAUUACAUCCAAAAAGAGUUCAAGUGUUGUGGGUGGAACAACUACACAGACUGGUCCUGGAACCUGUACUUUAAUUGUACACUUGAGAACCCCAGCUCUGAGCGCUGUGGUGUGCCCUACUCCUGCUGCAUGCCUGUUCCUGGAGAGGCAGUGAUUAACACCAUGUGUGGUUUCGGGGUUCAAACACAAAACUACCUGGAGGCAAACAAGUCGAUCUACCCGGUGGGAUGUGCAGACAAAGCGGUGAUGUGGAUCGAGUCUCAUCUGCUGUUGGUGGGGGCUCUGGCCCUGGGUCUGGCCUUACCUCAGAUUGCAGGCAUCGUGCUGUCCCAGAUCCUGAUCUCUCAGAUCCAAGAUGAGAUUACUUCGGUGUUGUGAGAGUGGGCCAACGAGGGAAGAGGAGAAAAGAGAAAGAAGUCGCAGCGCUCGGCUCCUC